AUGAGCGCACAGUUUCAAUUCUUGCAAAAUGAGACUCAAUUCAAAGCCGUUCUACAACAUGCUGGAAGUGUCACAUUUUUGAACAGCCAAAAUCAAGUCCUCCUCACCGUCACGCACAAAUUUGAAUUCCUCGGAACCUGUGAUGCUGAACCUCGUUAUAUUGCUCAUCAUCACGAGCUUGGAGAUGUUAUUCAAACACAUCGAGUCAAAGUCGAGAAAUGCUGCAUUUGUUGUCCAACUAGUGUCGAUUUUGGCAUUUUUGCUGGACAAGAGCAUCUUGGAAGCUUCAGAUACCCGAGUCGGGUCCAGUCGGGUCACAUGUAUGUGAACGUUUUUACUCCGACCGAAUUGCUGGAUGCAGAUGGAAAUUUUUACCUCAAAUACUGUAAAACGACGUCGAAUGUGUUUGACGCCAAGAGCCUCAAGGAAAACGAGAGCGAUAUUAGAACUCAAACACUCAUCACCGAAGGACCAAAUCUAGUUGCGACUCUCGAUACUCGAUCUCAAGGACAACCUGGUGUUUUACCGUGGAAUCACUCAGCGACAAUUUCUGUCUCUCCGCAACUUCCAGUUCCUACCAAACUCUGCUUGAUGAUGAAUGCGGCAAUGCUUCUUUUCGACUUUUGGCGACGAGAAAGACAGAACCGAAGUUGA